AUCCCAAGAGGCUACUAACCACUCGAUGCUCGACGAUUUUCACACAACGUGGAGGGUUUGAUCGUGGAGCCACACGCGCGCGGUGUCUAUAAACGGCUUCACUAGGAAAGCCCCUCGCAAAGCAACUUGGGUAUAAAGCGCUUACUGUCUGCGUCGUCGAUUGAGUAAAGUGACGAGACAGACUUGUGGAGACGUUUAGAAACUUCGAAUUUCCCUCGCAGAUACCUGCAACAAAUAAAACCUCUGGUUUCAACUUUCAAAUUCUAUAGCAGGAAUCUCCAUCUAUGGCGUCAGAUACAGCUGAAGCAAUAAAACCUUACAAGCUUAAUCAAACCCUAACAGGCCACAAGCACUCCAUCUCCAGCGUCAAAUUCUCCAACGACGGCAAGCUAUUGGGUAGUUCAUCGGCAGAUAAGACCAUCCGUCUCUGUUCGCCGACCGAUGGCUCUCUUCUCAAGGAAUUUGAAGGCCACGAACAGGGUAUCUCCGACUUUGCUUUCUCUUCCGAUUCCCAUUAUAUCUGCUCUGGUUCAGAUGACAAGACUGUUCGGAUGUGGGACGUCCAGACCGGUUCGCUUGUCAAGACACUUCAUGGUCACACCAAUUAUGUUUUCUGUGUUAACUACAAUCCCCAGUCAAAUAUGAUUGUCUCCGGUUCGUUCGAUGAGACAGUUAGGGUUUGGGAUGUGAAGACCGGGAAAUGCUUGAAGGUUCUCCCAGCCCACUCUGAUCCUGUGACAGCCGUGAACUUUAACCGAGAUGGGUCUUUAAUCGUUUCGAGCAGCUACGAUGGGUUGUGUAGGAUAUGGGAUGCGUCGACAGGCCACUGCAUGAAGACUCUCAUUGAUGAUGAAAAUCCGCCGGUUUCUUAUGUCAAGUUUUCUCCUAAUGGAAAAUUUAUUCUCGCUGGCACAUUGGACAAUACAUUGAGAUUAUGGAACUUUUCGACCGGGAAAUUUCUUAAAGCAUACACUGGGCAUGUUAAUUCAAAAUACUGCAUAUCAUCCACAUUUUCUGUAACCAAUGGGAAGUAUAUUGUCAGUGGUUCGGAGGAUAACCAGGUCUACUUGUGGGAACUUCAGACAAGAAAAAUUGUCCAGACGCUGGAAGGCCACACAGACACUGUUAUAUCUGUUACAUGUCACCCUUCUGAGAACAUGAUAGCAUCUGGUGCACUUGAGAAGGACAAAACAGUGAAAAUCUGGACUCAGGAGGGCUGAUUCGUUUUCCUGGGACUGGAUUUUGGAGUGGUGGAAUUUGCAAUCUAUGUAAUUCUUGUGGAGUUGAGAUCAUCGGACACCAAUAUCACCACUGCUGCCAUUAUCACCACAAUCACCAUCAUAAAAGGUUUGCAAUAGAUUUGGGUUCAUCAUCAGCGAGUCGCCAUUCUUUAUCUUCAUAUCAUGGAUGACUCAGAAGAAUGAGGUUUUAUGGGAAAGGAAAACUAUAAAUUUCCCAUUCAAAUGCACUCAGUUUGGUUGAUUUCUAUGCUAAAGAUCUUGUUCCAUUGUGCUCCUUUUCCAAAGCAGCACAAUUUCAGCAUCUAUGCUUAAACCAUAUGCUGGUUCCUGACCUAAAAUGCUCAACCUUAUCCAUCAGGGCUUGGGUCUGGUUAGUAUACGACAUCAACAUUUUUGGCAGAGGUAUUGUAAUGUAGAGAGAAUAAUUUAUUAAAGAUCAAGGAGUCCUUAAUCUUUACAAGGCCUUGUUAACAUUGAGUGAUAAUAUUCUGUUUGGGCCACCACAAUUAGGUUUA